GGGAAGUUGCUUUGUCACUUGCUCGCGGUUGUUCGCGCCGUCGUCGUCGUCGUUGUCGUUGCUUGCUGUCGCGCCCCGUUCGUCGCUUGUGUGUGAUAUUCUCUCUCUGGCUCGUGCGGUGCCGAGAUUUGACAGCAACGCUAAUUAUAUUAUUUGCGCCAUCACCGGGGUUCGAUCACGGGCUUGCGCUGGUGCAGUGGAGUUUGUUUGGUUUAAUUAUCUGUUUGUGAUUUUAAAUACGCGCGAGUGAUUUGAGGUGUCGGUGAUUUUGUUGUUGUUGUUGUUUCGCAAAUGCAUCGUAUCGGUGAGAUUGAAGAAGUGUUUCGAUUCGAUCGCUGCUACCGGCGGUUUGGUGCGGUGUGAACCGAUAGUGACGAGCGAUCGCAUCCUGAUUGCUGUGGUGUGCCGCUGUGCCAUCCAGCACAAAUCGAACGAGGAACAAAAUUGUGGUGAUUAAAAUUGCUCACCGGCAAGUUGAUAAGCAAAGCAGUAAGUGCAGCAAGAAAGAAAGAGUUUGUUUCAAUCACCAUUGAAGCUGAGACAUAUUACGCUACGGAUAGUGAUCGCAGCCAAGGUUUAGUGUGUCUUUAAUACAAACCAUCAGUUUGUAUACAUCACAGAAGCAACCCCAAAUCAGUAAAUAACUCGCAAGUGCUUAUCAAACGCAGCAAUUCCGUUUCGGAGAACAUCGCCGGUAAGGGUAGCGCAACAGAACCAGCCCAACAGAACCCAUGCCGACGCAAGAUCAUGCAAGAGCAUCAUAAGUGUGUGCAAGCAUCGUUCAAUGUGUGAAAGUGUGUGAUACUCUCGAUAAAACCUUCCCGAAGAAAGGGCAUCCGAAAGGAAGCGGCUGGCGCUGGACGCGUGUGUGCCUAAAGUGUGAUAGCGGAAGGUGUGCCGAAAGCGAAGAGCCCGAGUACAUCUCACUCUCACGCGUCUCGAACGGGCAGGUCAAUCGUCGUGUGAAUUGGUCUCGUUUCAAAACGAGAAAAAGAAAGGAAAAAGGAAAAAAAGGAAAGAUCCUCUCAGAGCCUUCGUCAAGAUUGCCCAGGACCGUGUGGUACGGGCGAGAUAAUGCGUGAGUCUCAGCUUUGAGGGCGCAAGAGUGUGUGUUGCACCGUCCAGUGAGUCGGUCGAAUCAAUCGUCCUGCGGUCCGCCGGCGUAGUGUUGAAAAGUGUGCAUUUUGAGUGUUUAAGGAAAAAGUGGCUCGCUGUGUGCAUAUUUUGAAAUUAGUUUAUUCUGCUAAAGGAUAAAGCAAAGGUUUCUCCUGCAAAGAAUCAGUGCCGAGCGCAGUGACCGAGCUGACGUGUUGUAGUGCGUUGAAAAGUGUGUAGAUUAAUAUUCACUGAAAGAAAGUAUAGCCUGCCGUGGCUGCUGUGAAGAAGUGACUCCUCGAAAAGGGGAUUAGCCGGUGAAGUGAUAGCAAGUGGCGUGGUGCUCCUUGCGGUCGGGAACUAGCGUUACGCCAGCCUACCGGGCCGUGAUUGCGCUGUCGCUUCCAUCGACGGGCGCGGCAAGAUAGAGAGUGCGAUAGGUGACCACGCGUACAACAACGGCCUUACAAUUCAUUUCGAUAAAGUGGCCUCGAUCGGCGCCAACACGCUCAACUUUACGGACCUGGGGAGCCCUUACGAGGGCCCCCCGAGCACACCCCAGUCCGGGAUGGAUGCGCCGGAAGCGCCGCACACGCCGAAGUACAUCGACGGCGGUGCGACGGCAACCGCGCCCGGCAAAUCGGCCUUCGUCGAGCUGCAGCAGCAUGGGUACGGUGGCAUCCGGAGCGGGUAUCAGCAUUUCAGUGCCCAGGGCGGCCAGGACUCGGGCUUUCCGAGUCCGCGCGGUGCCCUCGGCUACCCAUUUCCGCCGAUGCACCAGAACUCCUACUCUGGGUAUCAUUUAGGCAGUUAUGCACCACCCUGCGCUAGUCCACCAAAAGAUGACAAAUUAGAAGACACCGGUCUGCGGGUAAACGGCAAGGGCAAGAAGAUGCGAAAACCGCGCACCAUCUACAGCUCCCUCCAGCUGCAGCAGCUCAACCGAAGAUUUCAGCGAACGCAGUACCUGGCGCUACCGGAGCGGGCCGAGCUCGCUGCCAGCCUCGGGCUGACGCAGACACAGGUUAAGAUCUGGUUUCAAAAUCGACGAUCCAAGUACAAGAAGAUGAUGAAAGCGGCCCAGGCACCGGGCGUUGGAGGAGGACUUCCAUUGGGUGGACCGAACCAGGGAGGCCACAGUCCGUCGCAGCAUCAAAACAUGCAUCAAGCACCCGGUGGAGGAUCGAGCAGUGGUUCGCCUUCGCAUUUCCUACCUCCCGGACACAGUCCAACGCCGUCGAGCACCCCCGUCUCGGAGCUCUCACCUGGUCUUAGUCCGCCCUCGCAAGCACCCUGGGAGCAGAAACCGCCGCCGCACUGGGCCGACCACAAACCACCGCAGAUGGCACCGCAAACGAAUCAUGCACCUCCGCAACCGACCCACGCACCGCAGAUGGGUGGCUACGUACCUCAGUACUGGUAUCAGCCGGAAACGAACCCGUCGCUGUUAACAGUGUGGCCAGCGGUUUAACAUAACGAGAAUGUAAAUUAUAAUUUUAACCAUCCCUAGUGCUUAAGACGGUAAGACAUUAGACACUCUCCUAAGAUAAGAUCGGCUGUAAAAGCGGGAAGCGACCCUCUACUGCCGAGAGAGCGAGCGAGCGAGAGAGUAGGUACCCUUAGAACAAUGAUUCGAAGCAGCAAAGCAGAGCAAAAACGCAGAAAAAAGGCAAAUAGCACAUGAAAACACACACACCAUUAGAGCGAAUUAAAAGUCCUCGGCAUAGUGGAUAGUGGAAGUAAGUCUCGUUCCCAAUUUAAGAAAACAAAAAAAAAACGGGAGGGAAAACUUUCUAAUUUUAAACCUGGCACGUGAUCUUGUUCAUUUUAUUGGACGUUAGUAUGGAACGGACAUAGCGCGGGCUGCAGAUGUUCUAUUAUAAUUUGUUCUUUUUCGUGUAGUAAUACUUGGAUUCGGAUGCAGCCCCGAUUUCGCAUCGGGCAAUGUGAUGGAUCUGUACAUUUUGCGGUUUGUUGUUCCGUUUGAAACACACACACACACACACACAUACAACCCAACCCACAUAGACCCAUGUGUUUGUGUUACUUUUAAUUAGUGUGCUUGGUGCCGUUUCACGGCGGUUUGAGCGGCAGAUGCGUUUUAUAGACCCAGUGGGUGUGUGUGUGUGUGUGUGUGUGCGAGUGUGUGUGAGAGAGUGUGUUAAAUGAUCCGGAGACGCUUUGGGGCUUUCAGGUAUUCCACCCCCCAAGGCAUAGCCGGAUCGAAUCGUCAUCUGCGAAAUCGUACAACGGAAUAGGUUCUGUGCAAUAUUUCUUAAGCGUAACAUAACAAAAAAACGGCCGCGUAUCCUUUAGCAUGUACGGGGGUUCGGGGGAAUUGGUUGGACUGGGGAGAGGAAGAGAGCGAGAGAGAAGGAAAGAUGAGCACACACACACACACACACACACACACAUAUUCAAUGGAGCUUUUUGUUUCGUAAUUAUUUUAAAUUUUGCACGUACAGUAAAGCAAAGCUUUUAGGUAAGCUUUUCGUGGUUGAAUUGAUUUUAAUCAACACAGUUCAAAUUAACGUUCGGAAGUUACAAAGUCAAAUACAAAAUAAAAAAAAUGGAAAUUAUUUUGAAAACACAUUCCAAGCUGCAGUACCCUUUUUCAUCCUAAAAAGCUCACAAAAGAAGAAAAUUGCCCCAGAUUGCGUUCUAAGACAUGCAAUCUAACAUCAGAAAGCUUGCGCAAACACCGGUCAUAACCGUAUCAUGAUGGCAUAUUGUCAACUAGCAACCAUUUCAACUCACAUUACGAUCCAACUUUAGUAUUUGCGUGGUGUAAACAACUCCGACGACGCACUUGGGAGCCUUAAGGGACGUUGCGGCUGGAAUAGAAGUUCAACUCGAUUCCCAGAAAAUACCAGCAAGUUGUAAAUGUGUUCUGUGCAGUGCAUUUAGUCGGCAUUUUGCAAACCUUUUACGAUUACGUUUGGCAGCAGCAGCGCACAAAAGAAGCCAGCAAUCCUCCCCACCCUAGCGUCCCCGCCAAAACCCGCCAAAACGAGGGAUAAGCUUUUAUUUUGCACCGCUCCCCACCGCACCAAACAUCAGCGCACACGAACACGCACACAAACCACGAUCCGACAAAUGUUGCUGCUACUGUCUGUCUGUCUGUUUGCCCAUUCUCUCGACUAUGUUGUCUUUCUUUCCCUUUGCUGUGUGUGUUUUUUAUUAGUUUUUUUUUGGUUCAUUUAGUAAGCGAAUUGUGUACAUAGCAGAUUUAAAACCGCAUGCCCACCCCCUCCUUUAGAUUGGUAGGGGUGGCCACCCUAUACAUACAUUAAAAGCUAUUACUACUAUAAAUAAAACAAAUAUGGACUAACAUUAAUUCGAUGCGAAGAAUAGACCACUACGUAUGAUGAUUAAGCAAAGAGGGGUGAAAAAAAGAGGGGCAAGGGAGGUCCGGCACAACGAGUAGCUGCACCGUGGACGGACAAAACAAUGAAAGUAUUUAAUUGAAGAAGCGAACAAAAAACGGAAACAUUUUAAAAACACACAACUAAAACUUGAUGGCGUACAUUUAAGGUAGUGAUAGAGAUGGGAAGAGAGUGAGCGAGAGAGAGAGCCGCAAUGGUACAGUGGUGUGAGCGGAGAGCAGCAGGAGAGAAAAUGGAAAAAUAAAGUGAAAGAAUAUUACAAAUGUGAAACAAAAACCUUGAAUCUCAUUGGGUGGGGCAAAAAUGUAGUAGAAAGAAUCGAACCAGUGCGGCAAAUAAAAUAAAAGUGUGUGUGUUUUGUCACCCAAAAUUAAGGAAACAAAACAACGGAAGAGAAGAGAAAAGAUAAAAAAACAAUUGGAACUAAAACCUGAAAGUGUCUCAAACUGUCUGGGCAAAAGAAGAAAAAUCCAAACCAACAUAGUGUGAACAAUAGAUAUAGA